AUGUGCGAGGUGGGUCUGCUCGUAGACAAAUCUCGUCCAGAUAUACUUGCUUUCACUGAAACGUGGCUGUCUGAGGAAAUCACAGAUGGCGAAGUAUAUCUGCCUGGCUACGCACUGUUCCGCGCUGAUCGCUCCACUGGCCGUCAAGGGGGUGGUGUAGCUCUUUAUGUGAGUUAUCACAUCGACGUAUUGAGGACCAGCGUUUUUCAGUCUCUCGACAAAUCUGUUGAGGCUCUCGCAGUCUUGAUUUGCGCUUCCUCGGUUCAGGUUACGGUUGUGUUAGUGUAUAGAAGCCCUAUGAGCACCUCCAAUGGAAUCAUUGACUUUAUACGCACUCACUCUGCAAACAAGUGUCUGGUGCUGGGAGACUUUAACCUCCCAGAUGUUUGUUGGGAUGAUCUAUCUUGCAGUUCGACGCUGGAAUCGUUCGGUACAGAACUGCUGGACUUGACGCUGCAGGUACCACUACACCAGUUCGUGGACCUCCCCACUAGGUACAUGAGCAAUCAGCAGCCGUCCAUUUUAGAUCUUGUUUUUGCUAAGUCACUUGACUUUGUAAAUGACAUUAAAUAUGACUCGCCUCUUGGCGCUAGCGAUCACGUUUGCUUGUCUUUCCAAUGUGCUCUUAUCAGGUCUUGCCAAGCUACUACCAGUUGGUAUCCGAACAUUUGGGCCGCGGACUUCCAAGCGAUGCGGGAUAGAGCUAGGUCAUCGCCUUGUGUGAUAUCUGAGACCGACACUGUUCACAUAGCCUGGGAAAAGCUUAAGGCUCACCUCGUCGACAUUUCUGCACCUCACGUCCCACUGGUAAAAAGAAGGGAAUCGAGAGCGCAGCCUCCGUGGAUAGAUUCCGCGGGGAAGGGCCUGCUAAAGAAGCGGUCUAGAUGCUGGCGAGCUUACCGAACAGCUCCAUCAAACAGCACGUUUGACAAGUAUCGGUUGGUUCGAAAUGAGUGCAAGCUGCAUCUUAGGUUGGCCCGGCUUCAGUAUGAAAAGGGCUUAGCUAAUACUGCUUCGAAAAAUCCCAAGAGAUUCUUUGCUUACGUUAAACGACGCUGUGGUGCAAACUCGCCCAUUCCACCAUUGCUUCGAGGAGAUGGGACCCAUGCCUAUAGCGACUAUGACAAGGCAUGCGUGCUUG